AUGACAGCCAUCCACGCUUCAGUGCUCGAUCUACAUCAACAUCUACCGCCGUAUAGCUCGCUCUUGAAUCCCACCACCCAGUAUGACUAUCUGACCCACUCACUCAUCCCGCUCGAUGAGCGACGGGUGUUUCAGUUCACCCCUCCGCUCAAAGGGGUUGUCAAUAAGGAGAAGCUCAAGAUGCGCUACAAGUCGCUUCUCUCGGACGUCUCCCGCACCCGGUCCAUCUUGUCCCUCAAGAUCUCCAACUUGGUGCUGCUGCAGAUUCCUGACCUGACACCGUCGCCUGCUCUUCCGUCAACCAUCUACGCUCUUCCGUUUGAGAUAACCGCCAUGAUCUUGUACUACGUCAACGACCACGAAUCCUAUUUGAGCCUAAUGCAGGUGAACAAGUUUUUCUACAAGCUUACCAAACCGUUGCUCUACGAGUCGCUUGUGUUUACCUCGACAUAUCGGUUCGCACAGUUUGUCACCCUAGUGCGCUUGGACCACAGCGUGGGUUACUUGGUUAAGAGCUUAGACAUGUCGCAGUUGCAAUCAAACUUCGACCGCUUGACCCACCUUGAGGAAGCCGAGGCCGUGGCUGAAAUAGCUGAGGCCGAAGUGCAGCCAGCCGAGCGUCCCGCGGAACCACCUGUGGAUCAGCCCGGAACGGAUGGGCGCCGCGAGGUCCCUGAUACCCACCGCUACAUCUCUUCCUCUGCCGUGGACAACUUCCAGGACUGGGCCGGCUGGCGCGAAUGGAAGUUCCUGAAAAACCCGUUGUACCGGCCGGUAGUUCCGUUGACCAAGUACCGGUCCCGCGCCGUCUCUACCGGUACUACCGCACUCUCUGUGGGUACCCGAUCCUCCGUGCACUCCUCAAGGUCCUUCUCCGCCUCGUUCUCCGCCUCCCUCUCCAGUUUCUUUAGCCUCAAGCCUUCGCUCGACAUCAAACGCUUUCUCAAGAAACGCAAGCAUGUCAAAAAGCCCUCCAGGACCUACGUGGAACGCCAUAACGUCGUGAGGCUCGAGCCGGUGGCCGAGACGCUUGACUUGUCAGCCUCACGUAACGUGCGCGCCUCCAGGUCGCCUGCGCACCCGCUAUCCAACAACAUUUUGAGGGAGUACAUCAAUGCCAAGGACGUUCCCAUCGGAAGCUUGUUGCACGUGAUCCACUUGUGCCCCAAUCUCGAGUACCUAAACUUAUCGAAGUUGGUUCUUUCCGUGGACUACCAGAUUUUGGAGGUGUCAAAAUUCCUGGGCUAUGAUGUCGGUUCUACGAACUACCCCAAAGACCUAACGGUCCACACCGCCAACAUUAUGCGGCAAUCUCUCGAUGAGUUGCUGCGCACCAGAGUGGCCUCAUCUGGUUCCGACGCUGCCAGCGUGUACUCUCCCUCUUUUGUGUCGCACAGGAAGACUGAGAGCCCGUACCUCGAUGCGGACAUGACCUCCAUCACGUAUGUCAACGACUUUGAAUCCCUCUACAGCGUCUCGACGCCCGUCUCACGUGGCUACAGCCAGUUGUACUUGAGUGACUUGAACUUGAAGUCCAUCAACCCGAUUUCCCUCGUCUCUGUUUCACAGAAGUCCGUUCUCACCGCCAUAAAAGACUGUUGCUUUCGGUUGCAGCGGUUGGAAUUGCAGUCCCUCACGUGGUUGAACAAGAAGAUCUUGUCUGAGUUCGUGGGCGAAGCCUCCGCGUCAGACUUGCGGGAGUUGGACUUGACCAAUGCCGGCAUGAGCAAGAAUUUGAACUGGACGAAAAAUCUCACCGUCACUCAGCUCCGAUACUUGUUAUUGAGCGACGAGAACCGUGAGGAGGACUUGCUUGAGGAGGACGAGAAUAAUCACCUCAUGGUGCGUCGCGGCAGAAUUGGUGAAACCUACAUAGUUUAG